AUGAAUAGUGGAAAGAAUGGUAUGAGGUAUAACGCUAAGGAGCAUGUGGUAGGAUGGUAUAGCACUGGCCCAAAGCUAAGGGAGAAUGAUCUUGAUGUUCAUGGUCUAUUUAAUGAACCUCCUGGACACCAUGCAGAAGAAACUGAACCAAUGGGAUUCUGUUUGUUAAAUAACGUUGCAAUUGCAACAAGCUGUCUCCUUAACCAAAAAGAAUUAGGUAUUAACAAGAUACUAAUUGUUGAUUGGGAUGUUCAUCAUGGAAAUGGUACUCAAAAGUCCUUCUAUAAGGACUCCCAAGUGUUGUUCUUCUCUUUACACAGGGAUGAGUAUGGAACGUUUUAUCCUUAUGGUGAUGAUGGAUCAUAUGACAUGAAGGGUGAGGGAGAAGCUAUUGGUGAUCCUCUUAGAGGUUGUCGUAUCACACCACAUGGUUUUGCUAUAUUGUUGAAGAAGUUGAUGGAGUUUAGCAAUGGAAAGAUAGUUAUGGCAUUGGAGGGAGGAUACAAUCUUAAUUCAAUAGCAAAUUCAGUACUUUCUUGUGUACAAGUUCUAUUAGAAGACAAACAUAUUUUUGAACCUUAUGAGAUUUAUCCAUUUGAAUCCACUUGGAGAGUAAUCAAAGAGGGUCGUGAGGAAUUGAGUGCAUAUUGGCCGAUACUUGCAGAGAAGUUACCUGAGAAGUUAACCAGUAAAGUAACACCUCUAGUUAAGUGGCCGAUCCAGUAUACUGGAAGUGAGCUCGGAUUCUCAGGAGGUAGUGUUGCAUAUGUUCUGCUGACACUGAGCAGUUGUUUCCUUGUGGUUUCAUGGCUGUUUGUACCGUAUAUCUUCAACCCAUCUGGCUUCGAAUGGCAGAAAGCUGUGGAAGAUUUUGAUGAUUUGACUAAUUGGCUUAUGUAUAAAGGUGGAGUUGGAGUGAAAGGAGACAAUAGUUGGGAAUCCUGGUGGGAUGAAGAACAGGCACAUAUCCAGACAAUCAGAGGGCGUGUACUUGAAACUAUAUUGUGCUUGAGGUUCUUCAUAUUUCAAUAUGGGAUAGUCUACAAGCUCCAGCUCACUGGAAAUAAUACAUCAUUCUUGGAUCAAGGAUUGUCUAUUAGCUUGAGGUCACAAGAAUUAUCGGAGCAGGGGUUCAUUAGUCUUAAAGAAUUAUGA